AAUCCACAGAUUUUCUCAGAACACAAACACACAUACUGGAAUCGAAUUUCUCACAAAACACUUCCAUAAAUUCUGAGCGUUUAUAUUUUCUUUUCCUUUCCUUUCCAGCUCAUAGUUUUCCGGGAAAAUAUGUGUCCCCACCAUAAAACCUCUCUACCGUCAACUUCUCCAGCUCCCACCAUCCCUUCUCCCCUGUUUGGUUCCUAAGAAAAUUUGCAAAAGAAAAAGAAAACCCACAAAAGAAAAAGAGGCUUCCUGUCUCUCUCCAGCUUUCUCCUCCUUAAAACAAAAACCCAUUUCACCAUUGCAGCAGAACGACCCAAAGCUUUCUCAUUUCUCUGAGCUGCUUUUUCUCUCUGGUUUUCUAGGCUGCCAAACAUUGACUGGAAAUAGUGUUUGAUUUGUUGUUUUCUGGGUUUUUUUGGUGAGGUGGGUUAUGAGCAAAUGGGGGACUCGGCUGCUACAGUGAGGCUGGUUCGGUGCCCCAAGUGUGAGAAUCUUCUUCCGGAGCUUGAUGAUUACUCUGUUUACCAGUGUGGUGGUUGUGGUGCUGUUCUUCGAGAUUGUUGUUUAUAUCGUUUUACAGCAAAUAAAAAGAGGCAAGAGGGGGAUACUUUGUUGGAGAAGUCAGACAAAGAGAGGGUUGGAGGAGUUUGUGCCAAAUCAGAUGAUUCAGACAGUAAAGGAAUACUUGUGUUGAGUGAUACUUCUGAUAUGGAUGUUAAGUCGGCUGAUGCUUCUUUGAGGUGUGAUCAAAGGGAUUUAGAGAAGGGAAAUGUGAAAAAUGCUGAGGUCGUUAGGAAGCAAGCGAAAGAUGCAAGUCAGAACUGGUUUGUCGAGGCUGGCGUUGAUAUGAGCAUGAAAAGAGAUGAAUUGGAGAAUGCUUCGGGAAGAGAACAUGGAGAUUUGAAUGCCCAAUUUGGUCCCAUAAGUGCAAGUCGAAGAUCGCAAUGGAUGGCAGAUUGGCGAGCUCAAGAGAAUGGUGAAAAGGAGGGAGUUCGAAGACAUCAAAGAACUGAUUUUGGAGGUAUGAGGUCUUCAACUUCAACCUAUCAAGACGAGGGCCCGUCAAAUUACCAUUUGGGUUCUUCGUAUAGGGGUGGGGAACCAUUGAGAAAAAGUAUUGUCCCAGAUGAGGCAAACAGAGUUCUGUACCUUGAACAAGACCGAGCCGAGCUUCUGAAGAAGCUGGAUGAGCUGAGGGAUCAACUUAGCCGGUCUUGUGAUUUGGUUGAUAAGCCAAAAGAGAAAGCUCCUGUUGAUGGUGGGAUGGUUCCUCCAGAUCCUUAUGGUAGUUCUGACACUUCAUAUGCAGGUGUUUCUUCCGCGGCAAAUAGGGCUUCGAUGCAGUACUUUGGACCUGGUAAACCUGUCGCAGCACAUGCUCAUUUCAAUCACUUUCCAGAGGCAUUUCCCUAUACCAAUGGCCAUGAAAUGCCUAUGGCUAGCUUUUCUUCUACCAUGCAUAAUUCAAACAAUUUUCCUACAUAUGGCGAUCCUUUUGGAUCCCACAUGCACAGUGGAGCUCCUCAUCCCUUUCCCAGGCAAUACCAGCAACCAUCGCUUCCAUACUUCUCUGGACAGUAUGCUGAAAACAAUCCUGAUCCAUUUGAGCUUUACCCAAAUAAUGCAUCGGUUCACCAUCCUACUUGCCCUUGCUUUUAUUGCUAUGACAAUCACCGGCGGGGUUCAGUGCCAGUUCCACCCACUGCUUUCCACAAUAAAAGGUUCCCUGAUUUCCCUAGUAGUUCCAUGUUCCAUCCUGGAAACCCGGGGAUGGUCGGUCCAUAUGAUCACAACAAACCUCGGACUUCGGUUCCUCCACCCUUUAAUGUUUCGCAAACCCAUACAAGAUGGCCAAGUGACCUUAACCCCAAAAUGGGAAGCUUUGUUCAUCCCCGUCCAGAGAGGGUGGUGCCAACCAGUGGUGGCCGACGAUGUCUUCCAUUUUCUGGUGGUGCUCCAUUUGUAACAUGUAAUAAUUGCUUUGAAAUUCUGCAGCUGCCCAAAAAAGUAUUGCUUGCCGAAAAGAAUAAACAGAAAGUGCGAUGCGGGGCAUGCUUUACUGUGAUUGAUUUUGCUGUUUCUAAUAAGAAACUAGUUCUUUCUCAUGCAGAAGCAAAGAAAAAUCCGUCGGAAGUUAAUAGCUUGAAUGAGGUGGUCAAUGACAGUACUUUACAUUCACAAGGCCAUGUCACCCGGAUCUAUGCUCAUUUCUCCUCUGAUGAUUAUGAUACUUCUGGCUAUGAUUUUCAGUCAAUAGAUAGAGAACCUGCGUUACCAUCCACAGGCCCAAGUUCAACUGGUAGCAAGCCUCACGAGAUGCAAAGCUUUCAUUCUUCAUCUCCCAGUACCUCUGAGGAUGACGGCAUCCCAGAAGCUACAGUUGCUCCAAAAGAAUUCACAAAUUCUAUUCAGCAGCCAAUCAAAGGCACUUUUUCUCCGCCUCCUGCUGGUUCACCUCUAGAGGAACACUUUGAAUUCUCAUCGAACAAUCACGUGAUAAACCGACUUGGGAAGGGAAACCGCAGUAGUCGCUCAGAUCAAGAGAAGAUAAAGCCAAAUAAGGUCACCUCGCGACAAAACUCUUUACAGGAGACAUCACUAGCAACUGAGAUGGAGGUAUCAUUUAAUGAGUACUCCAACACUGGGGUUUCCCAAGAUUCUUGGGAUGCAAACAAAGAGGAGCAUCAGCCAAGAACCAACAAAGGGAGUGAUUCAUUUAUUACGAACUUUAUUAAGAAGAGCUUCAGGGAUUUUUCCAAAUCAAAUCAGACAAGUGAUGGGAGAAGUAAUGUUUCGGUUAAUGGGAGUUUAAUACCAGAUCGUGUGCUCAAGAAGGCCGAAAAGAUGGCUGGAACAGUCCAUCCUGGACAAUAUUGGUAUGAUUUCCGAGCUGGAUUCUGGGGUGUCAUGGGUGGCCCUGGUCUUGGCAUCAUUCCUCCAUUUAUUGAAGAGUUCAACUAUCCCAUGCCUCAGAACUGUGCGGCCGGAGAUACCAGUAUUUUUGUGAAUGGAAGGGAGCUUCACCAUAAAGAUUUGGAUUUGCUGUCCAGUAGAGGACUUCCCACAACCAGAGAUAGAUCUUAUAUCAUCGAGAUCUCAGGGAGAGUCCUGGAUGAGGACACUGGUGAAGAGCUUGAUAGCCUUGGCAAGCUAGCCCCAACAGUUGAGAAGGUAAAACGUGGAUUUGGCAUGAAGCUUCCAAGAGCAGCUGCAUAAUCAACAUGUAGAAAUCACUAACUUCAUCCCUCGCAUGGAGAUUCUCAAGUCAUCCAUCCCGAGUUGGAAAGUAAAAUUAUUAGGGAAAAGGGGAAAGAAACCCGGUCGAGGAAAAAUUCUUUGAAAUGUUCAGCAGCUGCACAACAUUGCAGAUAACCGAAAAUGAAUGAUAAGCUGUAGGAUGCUCAGUGGGGUGGUUUUAUCUGAUAUCUACAGUAGCUGUUUUCUGGUUUGAUUUGUUUAGUGCAUGUAGAUCAUGCUAGUUUUCGUUCAGCUGCGACUCUUCAUUUAUUAAUUUAUGUAAAUGGUUUGGUUUUCUGCUGUCUUUGCUAUUAUAAUGUAUGAGGUUAGCGUUUAUCUUGAUCAUAUAUAAAUUUGCUGGUAGCCAUUUCUAUUAA